AUGCCCGACCUCCACUCUCUUCCCGCUGGCACACGGCCAGAACAUGCCAUCCGCAACAACGGGCCACCCCAACUGGCCCUGGAGCGCUACAUGCUCCGCGAGCUAGCAGAGGGAUGGCCAUGCUAUCGCGACGCGUGCGAAUGGGAAAACCUACGCUCCAUUUUCCACCCGGAGGCACACAUCUACACGACGUGGACCGGGUUAACCCACCAUCUCAAAUUCAUCGAAGCCUCGCAAGCGGGAAUGGACAAGGGAGCCUUCAUCAUGCACCGAAUCCAUGGAAGCACAACAGAUAUCGACCCGAAUGCCACCCGUGCCGUAACAAAGAUGAAGGCAACCAUCACGCAGCGGUUUAGCGGCGUCAGCUGUGUAUCCGGCGGGACAUGUGAGGCUGAUGCGGAAAGUGACUCUCGGUUUAUCUUUUUCUGGGAAAAGAUGACGGAUCCGGCCUAUCCUGACCUGCAGGGACAGUGGCGGGCUCGGUUUGUCCGGCACUGGUAUGAGAAGGAUAAGUUGAUUCCUGUUAAUCCGGGGCGUGUCCCGGUUCUGGAUGAGGAGAGAUUGCAGAAGUAUCCUCCUGGAUAUAGGUAUUUGGCUUAUAUGCAGGAGGAAACUAUGGGUGUGAAGGUGCUCUUGGAUUUACCUGGUCACCGCAGGGAAGGGUCGACUAUCAAUGGGCAAAAGCAUGAUUUGCUCUAUUUCCAGGCCCGGGAUUGGAUGGAGGGAAAGGAUGUUGACUGGUAA